GCAGCAGAGACCCUUUCCCUCCCCCUCCUCUUUCCCCUGUUUGCAAUUUUGCACCGAGAAAGGAACAGACCCCAGAAGCUACAAAGAUGUAGCAAGGGGAAAAAACUGGAGCGGCAUCAAUCGAGGUCCACAAGACACCUUUUAAAAAGUUGGAUCAAGUUGUGUAUGUAUGUGUUUUUUAAAAACUAUUUUUUGGGGGAAAUUGGCCCUCUGUUGGAAAUCCUGUUUCCAGGCAACUGGUUGCAUUUGAGAAAAAUAGUUUUUGGAAAAUUGGGCAUUCUCUUCAACGCUUUUUUCCUCUCUCCUCUUUUUCAAUGAUAUGGUGGAAAUUGCGGCAGAAUCCCAGUCAAGAAAAAACUUCUCACACUUUGCUUGCUGAUUCUACACUUUCUUUUUUGCGAGAGCGGUGCAGUUACUUCGAGAUGCCGGGAAGUUCCUCUGCAGGCUCUCUCUUUCCUACGUUCCUAAGUAUCUUUGAUCGUAAGUACCACUUGGACUAAAGGCUUCACACCACGGAAAUGGAUCUCCCAUCCCAUGUCCUGAGUCUGUGAAGAGCUUUAGAGAGGAAGGAAAAAUGCAAGAAUCUCAAGCCAAGAGAGAAGAAAGUUGGCAGAUUGUUCUCUUCUAGAGAAAAAAAAACCAAAACGCAACCCACAUCCAUCUAUUGCAAGAUUGCUGUAAACAAAGAAGCAAAAAAAGAGAAAAGCUUUUUUCUUUCAAAACCAAAUCCAGAUCACCCACAAAAUACUGAACAACCAGUUUACAGUAGGUUUUUGCAGCCAAGACUGUCCAUUCCAUGAUUUACUAAAACAUCCUAAGAACUUCCCUGGGUCAAGAGAUGGGGACCCUGCACCGUGGAGUGAGUUAAUGGCGUUUGUGUGUGUGUGAGAGAGAGAGGGGGGGGGGAAGAAAAAGGACAGACAACUGUCAGCUGUUAAGUAGACCCCCCCAGACAUGAACUGGUUGCAUUCUUCUUAAAAGCAGAGGUUUGCAGAAAAAUCAAGGGGCAGAGAGAAAGAGAGAGCGAGCAGCAAGAAAGUGGUGAGGGGCCAAUCCAGUAUGAUGCUGCUUUUGGAGAUAGCUGCCCUCCUUGUCGCUUUCGUUGGGGUCUGUGUGUGGACAGAUGAUGGCAACAAAGUCAUUUCGGAUCGAUAUGCAGUGUACUGGAACAAGACCAACCCCAGGUUCCAUCAGGGGGACUACACGGUGGAAGUGAGCAUCAAUGAUUAUCUGGAUAUCUACUGCCCACACUACGAGAUCCCAUUCCCCAUGGAACGGAUGGAACGGUACAUCCUCUACAUGGUCAACUACGAAGGCCAUGCCUCUUGCGACCACCGGCAAAAUGGCUUCAAACGCUGGGAAUGCAACAGGCCCGAUUCGGCCAACGGGCCACUGAAAUUCUCUGAAAAGUUCCAGCUCUUCACUCCUUUUUCACUGGGGUUCGAAUUCAGACCAGGACACGAAUAUUACUAUAUAUCGGCCACUCCACCCAACCUGGUUGACAAGCCUUGCUUAAAGCUGAAGGUUUACGUUCGGCCCACAAAUGACUCCCUCUACGAAUCUCCAGAACCCAUAUUCACCAGCAAUAAUUCCUGCUGCAGCGUCCAAGUUCCCAAUGCCUUCUUCGUGGUGGCGCCAGUUUUUUGGACUAUUCUAGCCUCCUAGCCUCACUGUGUGGACAAAAGAGAAACAGGACUUUGUUUCAGUGACCAGUGGAGAAAAGAGAGGAAAGGAGGAAGCAAAAUAUGCAGAAAGGAGAUUUUCUUGCUGGACCAGAAAAAGACUGUCCGGCUUUGGGGGUGGGGGUGGGGGUUGUAGUUACAAUGUUCUUUGAACCGCAGCUUAGCCAAACCCAGGCUUUGAGGUGAACGGCAUCCAGACACGCGGAGAAAGAUGCAUCUCCUAUCCCAGCUCCUGCGGUGCUUGGAAAAUGAAGUCACAGGAUCCCAAGUGCAACAAGUCCCCUAGCAGAUGGGGGCGUGGGGAGGAAAGAAAGACGUUUUAAAAAGCGCAGUCCGGAAGCGGUGCUGGUUCUCUGCUUCCAAGACACUCCGCGGACUGUUUUCACUUGGCUGGCAUAUGACAGUGUUUGGAUUAAUUUUUUCCUACCCUGAUGGAGUUUUUUUGCUUUUUAAGAAUUUCUAGACCAAAUAUAGCCUCUCUUUUUUCCAGCUUAA